AUGUUGAGUACGUCUGUGGCUACCACGCAGAAUAUAUCACAUACUCCAACUGCGUCUCAAAUUGCUAGUCUGUAUGAUAAUCAGAACCCCUUUCAUGAGCACCUCCAAAAUGUUGCUGAUAAUGUUUCAAAUUCCAACGAUAAAACAACAAAAUCCCCAGUUCCAUUCCUUGAUAGGUUGGUGGAAGAUGGAGAUAUCGACAAGUCUCAAAUUAUCCAAUUAUUGGUAUUAGGACAGCCUAAAAAUAUCACCCAGUACAGUGAACACAUUUACAAGCUAUUGAGUAUACUAUAUGAGUAUGAACAUAUAACUGGUGAUGAAUAUGAGAAAUUGAAUGGAAAGGCCAUCAAUCUUUUUGACGGGUUACCGAUGUAUCAAAACUUGAACAAUCCCUUGGCGUCCAAAUUGUACUUGAUUGUGGAGAAGAACUUUGAUAUGUUAAUUAAAAUCUCCGUCGACGCCCACAAUCUUAACUUGUCGACCAGGGCCGUUCGAUUUCUCACCGAAGUGAUUCUGUCGUUGAAUUAUUGGGAAAUCUAUAAUUUGCUAACUUGGAAACCGGCAAUUUAUCACUUUUUGUGCAUCAUUCAAUUCAACAUGAAUGAAUGUUACUUACGGUUCAUCAAGGACUAUUCCAGCUAUAACUUCCGACAGCAAUACGUUAGUUUCAACAGAGAUAAUGUUGGAAAAAGAUCAAGACGGAUCACAGAUGGUCUAGAUGACGAAGAUGAAGACGAAGACGAGGAUGAAGACAUGUACGAUGAUAAUACGUCUACCAAUGAAGAUAAUGAAAACUACUCAUCCGGUUCCAAUACUCCUCUUGAUGGCAAACAUAUGAUGAUACAACAUUCAGGCUUAAAUAGUCAACUAUUGAAUGCUGAUGGUGAACCUGUUGACAUGGAUGGGGACACAUUUAUCAACAGUGACUUAAAAUCAUUGGCUCCAAAAGACAGAAAGAGGAUAACAAUUGAACCCAAACUUGCUCGUAAGAUUAUUAAGAGAGCAAAUACUAGGAUUUCAACCAAGUCCUCUAAUUAUGAUCCAGAUGUGGUUCAUGAAUGUCAAUUACCUUCUGCUGACGAACAUGGUAAAAUGUGUUUAAGAAGGUUUUCCAGAAAGUAUGAAUUGAUACGUCACCAGGAAACAGUCCAUUCGAAGAAGAAGAAGCUUUUCAAGUGUUUUGUUUGUGUGAAACAGAACCCUAGUAUUGGGCCAAGAAUAUUCACCAGACAUGAUACUUUGGCAAAACAUAUAAGGGUCAAUCAUAAGAUUUCUGGAAAGGAGGCCAAAGCUGAAGUGGCCUUCUCUAAGAAGCACGCAGAAGUGGUCGAGGAGGGGGAUAUCACCGUUCAUGUGGGACGGAGAAAGACUAAGGUGGACUUUGAGUUAAGAGCACAUAUGGAGAAGAAGAGGAUUAACAAGGAUGGCGAGUACUAUGAGGCUGACUACUCAAUGGAUGGUGACAUGGAUGACUCACAUGAU